AUGCGGCACCAGGUGGAACUCGUGCCCACUCGAUUUGGACCCCUGCGCGUGACUAUAUCUGGCGACCGCCGGAAUCACCCACUCUUCACGUAUCACGACAUCGCUCUCGAUCACGCGUCGUGCUUCGGAGCGCUCUUUAGGUGCCCCGACACCGCGCCGCUGUUGCGGCAGCACUUCUGCGUCUUCCACGUCGACGCGCCCGACCAUGAGUUUCGCUCUCCCCCCCGUUUCCCACCCGCACUCCCCUCCAACUCCGCUUCCCCUUGUCGUCCCGGCUCAUUGCCUCUGCGCGCGCGGCAGGUGGGAGCGGCAUCAGGGCGGCAGCAGCGGAGAAGGCUAUCGGCGGACGACUUGGCGGACCAGGUCGCGGACGCCAUCGCGCACUUGGGCCUCCCCGCGGUGACGGGCCUUGGCGUCACGGCAGGCGCGUACGUCCUCACGCUGCUCGCGAUCAAGCGGCCAGAGCUGGUGCGGGCGCUCAUCCUGGUGUCGCCGGUGUGCCGCACGCCCACGUGGAGCGAGUGGGCCUUCAACAAGUUGCUGCUGUCGGUGCUGUCUCUAUCGGGGCUGCCCGCCCUUGUGUCAGGCGCCUUCUCUGGCCGAUACCUCAGUCCAGCCUCGCACACCAAGGGCGGCACCACUGCCGCCACACACCUCACAUGUCAGUCGCUCGCGGCUCAGCCACUUUCACCACGGACGCAGCCCUCGCACCCGAUAGCAGGGGAGGGCGAGGAGAGGGAUCCGCGUGCCGUGGCACAGUAUGCUGACGCAUUCAACAAUCGGCAGGACAUAACGGAGCAGGUGCGGCGGAUCACAUGUCCAUGCCUCGUGCUCGUGGGCGAGCACUCCGCCUUCCGAGACGAUGCCCUGCACCUGCACAAGCACCUACCGCCACACCUCGCCGCCUGGUUCCAGGUGCCAUCCAGUGGGUCACUGGUGACAGUGGAGUGCCCCCACCGCCUCUACUCCCCCCUUGACAAGUUCCUUCGCACCACAAGCUUCCCCCGCCCCACCUGCUCGCCCCCACACCCCCCUUCUGCCGUCCCCCACUCCUGCCCGCCUCCCUUCCUGCACGCGUCCCCCCUCCCCCUUCCCUGGGCGUCCUCCCUGCCCCCUCGCUCCACCACUCAGUACCGCCCGCACUCGUGCAUGCCUCUCUCACACCACUAUGACCCUUCAACCCCCUCCUUCCGCGCGGAGGAUCUCUCCCUGGAAGCAAUCGCCUGCAAACUCAAGCCCAUUCGCACGCGCAUGCCGCCCGGGGUGCCCGGCGUGGGUAAUGGGCUGCUACCUCGUGGGAAACCGGGGUGGUGCUGA